AUGACACAACAACAAGAUGAACUAGAUCAAAUAAAAUCACAAAUCCAAGAGCAUCUCAUAUCGUCCGGAAACUACGACAUAAUAAAUAAACAGUUGAAAUUGCAACUCUAUGAAUCUGGAUGGUUUGACAAGGUCACACAAUUGGCUAACCGUGAAUUACAAGAAAACCUGGCUCACGACACGGCCGUCAGUUUCGAUCAGUUAUUCUCAUUCGUAAAGCCUAAAGCAGAAGAGAUGGUACCUUCAAAUAUAAAGGAAGAUGUGUUGGAGAGACUUAAGGAUUAUUUGGACGACGUUAUCCAAUAA